AUGGAGUUUGGUGAACACGAAGUUGUCUUAACCUAUAUUGGGGCAAUUGUCUGUUUAUUUGGUGCGGUUUAUGUCGUAGGAAAGAUUCUAGAUGCUGUGCAGACUUUUCUAGUUCCUACAUUAACAAAGAAGAAUCUUAGAGGAUUUGGUAAAUGGGCUGUUAUCACAGGAGGUAGCAGCGGUAUUGGAAGAUCGUAUUCUCAACAAUUUGCUAAUUUGGGUUACGAUAUAUUGUUAAUAAGUAACGAGUUAGAUGAACUAAAGGUAGCUUCUGAAGAAGUACGAACCCACUAUGGUGUCGAAACACAAGUAAUCUGUGUGGACUUUUCUAAAAUGGAUGAGGCAUAUAGAAUCAUUAAGAAAAAAAUAGACGAUAAAGAUGUUGGUGUGCUCGUUAAUAAUGUUGGUAUUAGAGGCAACCAGCCAUGUUAUUUCUUAGAUGAAUCAUCAUCUUGUUUGAAUGCAAUGGCAAAUGUAAACUGUCUGGCUGCAGUGAUGAUGACCCAUUUAAUCAUUCCACAGAUGUUGAGGAAAAAUAAAGGAAUUGUAAUUAAUUUGUGUUCUGUUGGGGCUCUCUUACCGAUGGCAAUGGGAUCGAUUUACUCGGCAAGUAAAGCAUUCACGGAUUUAUUUACGAGGACUCUUCAAACUGAGUAUAAAGAAACUGGUAUCAUUAUACAAGGAGUUUCUCCAUUUUAUGUUUGUACCAGAAUGACACAAUUUUCGGAAGAUCUUAGUAAACCCAGUUUUAUAGUCCCAGAGAGCGAAGAAUAUGUUCGAAAUGCUAUGCGUACAUUAGGAGCGAAACAUUUUACUUCAGGUUAUUGGCCUCAUUCUAUAAUGACUGGAAUUUUGUAUCUGUUACCAGUCUGGUUCGUCCAAUAUCUGAACUUUUUACAACACGAUAUAUUAAAAUCCAGACAUAAUAAUUCAAUUGAAAGAACGAAGAAGCCAAGUAGUAAGGAAUAUUUUAAUUGGUUAAAAACUUUUAUUAGCCAUAACGAAAAUAUCGAGAAUUUAGACAGUAAAAAUCUAUGA